AGGUCCAUACAAUGUUGGGACAGCUAUUUAUUUUUGUAUUUCUUAUUAGUCCAAGCCUGUCGUGUUCACUGUCAGAUUUACAAGGUAUUCCUGAUGAUGAAAAUCCUGAAGUAGCUUACAUUCCUGACGGAGAGCCAUUUUUUGUCAGAUGCCCACAUGAACCCCCAGAGUCCAAAAAAAGUUACAACAUUACCUGGUUUAAAAAUGGUUCACACACAGAAAUUUCUACAGAUAUACAGUCAAGAAUUCACCAAGACAGGAACUACCUGAUUUUUUUCCCUGGAAGGCUAGAAGAUUCAGGUUUCUAUGUAUGCUUUUACCGAGAUGCCGAAAAAUGUUGGAAGCAGCUUUUAAAAGUAGACGUGUUUCAAAAUGAUAAUGAUUUAUGUUAUAAAAAGGAAGCUUUAUACAAGUAUGACCCAAUUUUUGACGGAUCGCUGACAAUCGAAUGUCCAUUUGUACCUGACCUUGUCAAUUCUGGGACCGCCCAGUUCUUCUGGUUUAAGGAAUGCAUGCCCUUGGAUCUGACAACUGACACGACAAAAUAUUUUAUUUCAAACCAUAAACUGAACAUUGAUAACGUGACACCACAAGAUAGUGGAUACUACAAAUGUGUAACUUCACUUACACACAAUGAAACCAAAUAUAACAUCUCACGUUCCAUCAACUAUACAAUACAUGCAAUGCCACUUGUGAUAAAGCCCAUUAUAUCAUAUCCAACCGGUAACUUCAUAGAGGUGGAGUUAGGUGCUCCUUUUACUGUAACCUGUGCAGCUCUAUAUAGUGAACACGGUACCUUGUACUGGACGUUCAAUGAGUCCUAUAUUAAUGACUUUUUUCAAGAUGGAAGAGUAACAGAGGGACAAACAUAUGAUUCAGUCAACGAACAUGGAGACAAGAUGAUAUGCCAAAAUUUAACCUUUUCAAGUAUCAAAGAAGAAGACUAUGGUAUAGUGGUUUACUGUAACGUCAGGUCUUUCCCAGAAUAUACUCGGGCGUAUUUCAUACUGAAACAACCAGGUCAUAAUUGGCAGGGAUUCUUGAUUGCAUUCUUUGUGACAGCAGCAUUUUGUACUGUUACCACCAUCAUCAUCAUUAAAGUUUUUAAAGUUGACAUCGUUUUAUGGUACAGGAGUUCCCGUUUUUCCCAUCCACACCAAAAUGAUGGCAAGAUAUACGAUGCCUACAUUAUGUAUCCAAGAAAUGCCAUAGGAAACUCUGCAUAUGAUAUGGACUUAUUUGUGCUUAAGUUGCUUCCUGAAGUUCUUGAAACCAAGUGUGCUUAUCGACUAUUUAUUAUUGGAAGAGAUGAUUUACCUGGGCAAGCAAUGGCAGACCUCGUCGAUAAGGCCAUUUCACAAAGUAGAAGACUGAUCAUUGUCCUAGGACAAGUUUCUAAUCAAACUAAUUUUGGAGAAGACUUUGAGCAAAAAAUUGCCAUGUAUGAUGCUUUAAUACGGAAUAAAACAAAAGUAAUAUUGAUCGAGAUGGAAAAAAUAACAGAUUACACGUUCGUGCCAGAGUCCAUUAAAUAUAUCAGACAGAAACAAGGUGUUGUCCGAUGGAAGGAUACAUUUACGGAAGCUUCGCUUUCUCGUAACACAAGGUUCUGGAAAAAUAUACGAUACCGGAUGCCUCCAGUUCCAUGCCAUUCUGACGAAGAUUUUGAUUUCAUACCUGCAGAGCGUGUAUGACAAUGACAUGGCAUUCUAUCAACUGAGACAAUUCUGACUUAUAAUAUCUGUCCAGUGUGUUAUAAAUACUCAUUGUAUAUCUACCUCCUUUCAUUUACAGUCAUACUAAGUAAGGCUUCUCUCUGUUCCUAGUUAGUC